CUGUCAUCUUUUUCUUAUUAUUAGUCUCUCAGAAUUUGGCGUUAAUCUCAGGCUUCACUCUCUCCUUUUCUUAGAUUCCUCUUGCAUAAUCUUCUUUCAGUGCUCUUUAACAAAGGGAUCACCAACAAGAAGGAGAAAUGGGGCUGUCAUUCACCAAGCUUUUCAGCCGGCUUUUCGCCAAGAAAGAAAUGCGAAUUCUCAUGGUUGGACUUGAUGCAGCUGGUAAGACCACCAUAUUGUACAAGCUCAAGCUGGGCGAGAUCGUUACUACUAUUCCUACCAUUGGUUUCAAUGUGGAGACUGUUGAGUACAAGAACAUCAGCUUCACUGUUUGGGAUGUCGGGGGUCAGGACAAGAUUCGUCCAUUAUGGAGGCACUAUUUCCAGAACACUCAGGGUCUCAUUUUCGUGGUUGAUAGCAAUGACAGAGAUCGUGUUGUGGAGGCAAGAGAUGAGUUGCAUAGGAUGUUAAAUGAGGACGAGCUUCGGGAUGCUGUGCUUCUUGUUUUUGCUAACAAACAAGAUCUUCCCAAUGCAAUGAAUGCUGCCGAAAUAACUGAUAAGCUUGGACUGCACUCUCUUAGGCAGCGUCACUGGUACAUUCAGAGCACCUGUGCAACAUCUGGAGAGGGACUUUAUGAGGGUCUUGAUUGGCUUUCUAACAACAUAGCUAACAAGUCCUAAGGCAAUGGAAGAUUUCUUGCGGGUUGAUACUGGAUGCAGGCAGGUUUUUAUCUAGUUUCUUUCCCAAGUCAAUGUGGUUAUGAACAUUGUCUUGAAAGUCAUUUUGCAUCUUGUUAAAACUUAAUGAAGGCUUUGUAAUACAAGGGUGGGAUAUGUAUGUAAUGUUGUCUGUUUAGGUUCAAGUAUAUACUUCCAUAAAUUUGUAUACAAAGAUUGGUUCAUUCAUGACAUUUUUGUUAGUCAUUGAUCGUGAUUGUACUU